AUGAAAUCAUGAUGCAAGACUGUCGGUCAAGCUGUGAAUCUUUGACGCUCUCUCUGCGCCUGCGUGUCUCGUGUAUAAUUUUGUAGAGUCCGAUGCAAUGAUAGAGCCGUUUGGACAGAUAGAUACUUUGGUGGGGAUCUUGUGGAUGUGAGAAAGGCGACUGUAGCUUAGUUUACGUCCAGAUCUGGCAUCUGAGUAUCCUUCAGGACCUUGUCAUGCCGGGAACAAGGAAGAGUAAGAAAUCGGGUAGAAAGGGCAGACACAGACAUGCAGCGGGCUCCGCUUCGGAGAGGUGCCGUGACGUGAAUGUUGUGAAGGAUGACAUCCUGCCUCAAGAAGUGCCGGAAGUACCAAAGGACAAAGAAGAAGACUUUGGAAACACCGAAAACCUUCCUUACGUCAUCAGAGUGUCUGAUGUAAUGGGCAGAUAUUUGGUGGCAUCACGUGACUUGAGACCUGGAGAACUCAUAAUGACUGUGGACCCUCUAGUAGUGGGACCCCCACAGGGCUGCCAACCUCUUUGCCUUGGCUGCUAUAAGAAACUUGAUCUCGAAGAGAACGCAUACAGGUGUGAGGGCUGUGGGUGGCCACAGUGUUGCCUCGGCUGCCCGGGGAAGGGUACGGAAUACGGGCACAGCGAGGCGGAGUGCCGGCUCUACCAGAGCGUGCGUCCCAAGCUUCUAGGCGCCGACACCAGCGCCCUGACGCCUCUAUACCUUGCCGUCGUACCUCUUCGCUGCCUCCUACUGCAGUCGGACCCGGACCGCUGGCGCACUCUGCUAUCGAUGGAGGCCCACAAUGACAUACGCCGGAAGUUGCCUGUCAUCUGGAGGAACAACCAGGAGAACGUUGUGGACAGGAUCAGGAAGGAAUGGGGCAUGACGCAAUACGAGGAGGACAUCAUCCACACCAUAUGCGGUAUUCUGGAGGUGAAUGCUUUCGAAGUGGGUCAGGAUGAUCUUAGCAUCAGGGCGCUGUACCCCAGCGCUUUCUACAUGGCUCACGACUGCGUCCCAAAUACAGCACACACAGACGACCAACAUUUUCAGCUGCGGGUAAGAGCCACAACGAAGAUCCAUAAGGGAACAUCUAUAUACCUCAGUUACGCCUAUACUCUUCAGGGCACCAUGAAGCGGCGCGACCACCUAAAGGAGAGCAAGUUCUUCGACUGCGCAUGCGCCCGUUGUUCCGAUGCGACGGAGUUGGGCACGUACGCUGGGGCGCUGAAGUGUCCACAAUGUACCACAGGCGUCGUUAUCUCUACGAGGCCUCUCGACCGAGACGCCAGCUGGCGCUGCAACAACGACACCUGCACAGGUUACACCAUCCCAGCAAGCUCCGUCAGACUUCUUAUGGACAAGAUCGGUGACGAGGUUGAGGCACUGGACGAAAGCAGCAUUCCAGCCCUGGAGGCCUUCCUGAGGCGCUACCAGAAUGUGUUACACCCAAACCAUUACCAUUGCCUUGGGGUGCAACACUCGCUCUGCCAGUUGUACGGCAAGACGCCGGGUUUCCUCAUCAACGACAUGACGGAGGAACAGCUCCGGCACAAACGCGACAUCUGCAGGCAGCUGCUCAAAGUUGUGGACGUCUUGGAACCUGGCUACUCCAGACUCAGAGGCAUGCUGUUGUAUGAGCUACAUGCCCCACUGAUGAUCCUCACGACGCGAGGCGUUGAGGCUCACACUAUCUCCUACCGAGACCUUCGGUCCAGGCUUAAAGAGGUGGCUGCCUGUUUGGAGGAAUCCAGUAUCAUUCUCAGCUUCGAACCCAAGACCUCGCACGAGGGAAUGAUGGGAAUUGCUGCCAAAGAAGCUCUGAUUCGCGUGCGAGAGUGGCAGAGGAUAAUUACCGACAGUUGAUGUGAUCAGAAUCAACCAAAACAAUGAUAUUUUUGGGACAUGCUGCAAAGUAAGGUUAUGUUUGAUCACCAGACAAGCACCGUCACCUUUCUGCUUAUGUACCUGAAAUUCAGAGAGAAAGUAUGAGGAAUGUGUUGUUAAAUAAAUUAUGCCAAAUAUGUUGUAUAAGCUUCUUCAUAUCAUUGC